AUGGCUGGUUAUAAAAUAAUUCUCCUAAUAAAUAAUGCAAAAUAUUAUUCUUUUAAACCUGAAAAGGAUAAAAGUGAUAAAAAUAAUGACAGUACAGAAAUGCACAAAGUUAUUCAUAAUAAAGUACUGAAUACUAUAGAUUUUCUAGAACAGUACUUUUAG